GGGCAUAUUUGCCCGUCUCCUUGCUCUUUUCAUCGGGACGCUGUAGUCCUGAUCUUUCCAUUGGUUUCCAUCAGCGAGUAUGUAUGCGCCAAGAGGAGUUUGUCAUCAUUGCCAGCUUCCGGGUCAUUAUGUUCGUGAUUGUCAGUUGAGGGGGAUUCCAAAUGCAGCCGAGCUUGUGGCUGGGAACAAUAACAGCGGAGCUUCAUCUUCGAAUGGAGGGCUGUUACCGGCACCAGCCUCGAACGCCGUCGUGCCUUACACAGGAGCGGCAGGCCAGCAUAAUAACGGACAAAGUUCUGGCACUUUCGGCUAUGGAAGAGGGAAUUAUAGCGGAUACCAGCGUUAUCCCCGGCAAUGGAAUGGACAAUACAGGGAUCAGUAUAGGGAUCAUUUCAAGCAUACGGAGAGGGACGAGAAGUUUGAGAAGAUAUACGAUCUUCUAUCGGAACAAGUGGGGGAACGAAAGGCGAAGAAAAAUGAAUCAUUAAGGUUGGAAAAAGCGGAGGAGGAGAAGAAGAAGGCAAUGGAUGAGCAGAAGCAGAAGGAAUCUCAUGUGUUGGCGAUGGGGAGAUUAGUAAGGGAGAGCAUGAAGAUUGUCUGUGAGAGUGCUUUGGGUAAGAAAGAAGACUUACCUGAUGAAGGAGAGUCGGAGUUGGUUCGUAUUCGACGGGAACUGGAGAGUCUCAAGGCACAACGCCUUGAUGUUGCUAGUAAAGAGAGUUUGGAAAAACUGAAAAAGGAGCGUGAGGAAUUAAGAAGGAAGCAGGAAAGGGCAAAAGAAGAGGAGAAGCUUAAGAAAGAGAUCGAAGCACUGCGAAGAGGUGAUGGACUUACUGAUUCGUCGGCAACUUCUAAUGAGAAGGACCAGCUAGAAAUUGCUGCUCUCAAGAAGCAGAUUGAGGAGCUCUCGGUCUUUCGUGCUGCUCUUGAAAAGAAGAACAGUGAGGUGGCACUGCUGAAGGAGGAGAACACGUACCUCAAGAGGGAGUUCAUCGAUAUGAAGGAAGAGGUCUGUGAUUUGAAGUUGUUCAAGAGAUCAUCCGUGGCGGUUACAAAGAGUCCUCCAGAGGAACCUGCUAGAGGCAAGACGAAGGUUAACGCUGCAGGCACCGCUAUGUACACGCCUAAGGACAUGGAAGCGCUCCGCAAGGCUUAUAAAGAUGCACUUGUUAGUAAGCAGUGGGCGCAGGAGGAGGUACGAAUGCUCAAGGAAUGUUACACAAAACGAUCGGCCCUCAAAUUGAAGCAUGCCCCUUCUGCACGAAAAACCACGCCACGUAACUUGAAGAAGUUUUGGCAGAUGCAGACGCUGUAGAGGUUGAAGAUGAUUCUGACAAGGGAGAGGAGGAGGUUCCAUUACAGAGGAAACGCGAGGUUGCAGAUCU